AUGCUUUUAACAGAGACCGGCUCGCUCGAAACCAGCUCCAAUAUCUCUAACUCGGUGCUGAAAGAGGCCUUUUAUCUAAUCGAACUCCAGCCGCUUCAGGAUGGAGCGUUUGAAAACAUCAGGCGUGCAACCCAGGAAAUGAACGUGUUGGCAUCAUGUCGAGCAUUUCUUUUAACAUCUCGGAUUCCCACCAAGUUAGAACUAACUUUCAGCUACUUGGAAAUCCAAGGAGUAACUUCCAGUAAACCCGGUCAGUUGAUUAUGGAAACUGAGAAAUGCAGCAUCUCCAUGAAGAUGGCAUCCUCGGAGGAUGUGAACGAGGUACUGGCGCACAUUGGGACUUGCCUCAGGAAGAUAUUCCCUGGACUCUCGCCAGUGAGGAUUCUGAAAAAGGUAACUAUGGAGCCUUCAGAAAGACUGGCUAAUCUCCAGGCCCUGUGGGACAGUCAGACAGUGGCAGAACUUGGACCUUGUGGAGGCUUUUCGCAGAUGUAUGCAUGUGUUUGUGAUUGGCUUGGAUUUCCCUAUAGAGAAGAAGUACAGUGGGAUGUCGAUACAAUUUAUCUGACACAAGAUACCAGAGAGUUGAAUUUGCAAGACUUCAGCCACCUUGACCACAGAGACUUAAUACCUAUAGUUGCUGCUCUGGAGUAUAAUCAGUGGUUUACAAAGCUGUCAUCCAAGGAUCUGAAAUUAUCCACUGAUGUCUGUGAGCAGAUACUGCGAGUGGUGGGUAGGUCCAAUCGAUUGGAAGAACUGGUAUUAGAGAACGCCGGGCUUAGAACAGAUUUUGCACAGAAACUAGCCAGUGCCCUAGCCCAUAAUCCCAACUCAGGACUCCAUACGAUCAACCUUGCUAGCAAUCCACUUGAAGACAGAGGUGUGUCAUCUUUGAGCAUCCAGUUUGCCAAACUUCCUAAGGGACUGAAACAUUUAAAUUUAUCUAAAACCUCCUUGUCACCUAAAGGGGUGAAUAGCCUUUCCCAGUCACUGAGUGCCAACUCGCUGAUCGCGAACACACUUGUCUAUCUUGACCUCUCAGGGAACGCACUCCGCGGUGAUGAUCUCUCAAGCCUGUACAAUUUUUUGGCCCAGCCAAAUGCCCUUGUUCAUCUGGAUUUAUCCAACACGGAGUGUGCACUAGAUAUGGUGUGUGGAGCCCUCCUUCGUGGAUGUCUUCAGCAUCUAGCUGUCCUUAGCCUCUCUAGGACUCUCUUUUCUCACAGAAAAGGAAAAGAAGUCCCUCCCUCCUUCAAACAGUUUUUCAGCAGCUCACUUGCUUUGAUGCAGAUUAAUCUUUCGGGAACUAAACUCCCUCCUGAGCCUCUAAAAGCGCUUUUAUUAGGCCUGGCUUGCAAUCACAAUCUGAAGGAGGUGUCUUUAGAUCUCAGUAGCUGUGAGUUAAGAUCGGGAGGUGCCCAAGUCUUGGAAGGAUGCAUAGCAGAAAUACACAAUAUCACCAGCCUAGAUAUUUCAGACAAUGGCCUAGAAUCUGACCUCUCAACCCUUGUAGUCUGGCUUAGUAAAAACCGAUCGAUAAGACACUUGGCAUUAGGCAAAAACUUUAACAACAUGAAAUCCAAAAAUCUCACUCCAGUACUUGAUAAUUUAGUUCAGAUGAUUCAAGACGAAGAUUCACCUCUGCAGUCAUUGUCCCUCGCAGAUUCUAAGCUGAAGACUGAGGUCACCAUCAUUAUUAAUGCCUUGGGCAGCAAUACUUCUCUUACAAAAGUGGAUAUUAGUGGAAAUGCUAUGGGAGAUAUGGGAGCAAAGAUGCUGGCAAAAGCCCUGCAGAUAAACACCAAGCUCAGAACUGUAAUAUGGGACAAGAAUAACAUCACUGCACAGGGCUUUCAGGACAUAGCUGUGGCACUGGAAAAGAAUUACACUUUGAGAUUCAUGCCUAUACCGAUGAAUGAUGCUUCCCAAGCACUCAAAACAAACCCUGAGAAAACAGAAGAGGCACUGCAAAAGAUAGAAAACUACUUGCUUCGUAAUCAUGAGACCAGGAAGUACCUACAGGAGCAGGCGUAUCGGCUGCAGCAAGGCAUUGUCACUAGUACCACUCAGCAG